AUGUUGCACGUCGGAGUUUCACUGAAUUGCAUGGUCAAUGGCGAUUUCAAAGUAGAAGUAGCAGUUCUUCCACCUGGUAGCAAUGUCGCAGCAAUUCCGUACGACGCAAGACCAAAGAAUAGCAGGGACCAAACUGCUCUAGUAGUGAGGAAUAGCAGGAACCAAACUGCUCCAGUAGUGAAGAACAGCAGGGACCAAACUGCUCCAGUAGUGAAGAAUAGCUGGGACCAAACUGCUCCAGUAGUGAAGAACAGCAGGGACCAAACUGCUCCAGUAGUGAGGAAUAGCUGGGACCAAACUGCUCCAGUAGUGAAGAAUAGCUGGGACCAAACUGCUCCAGUAGUGAAGAAUAGCUGGGACCAAACUGCUCCAGUAGUGAAGAACAGCAGGGACCUAACUGCUCCAGUAGUGAGGAAUAGCUGGGACCAAACUGCUCCAGUAGUGAGGAAUAGCUGGGACCAAACUGCUCCAGUAGUGAAGAAUAGCUGGGACCAAACUGCUCCAGUAGUGAAGAACAGCAGGGACCUAACUGCUCCAGUAGUGAGGAAUAGCUGGGACCAAACUGCUCCAGUAGUGAAGAACAGCAGGGACCAAACUGCUCCAGUAGUGAGGAAUAGCUGGGACCAAACUGCUCCAGUAGUGAAGAAUAGCUGGGACCAAACUGCUCUAGUAGUGAGGAAUAGCAGGAACCAAACUGCUCCAGUAGUGAAGAACAGCAGGGACCAAACUGCUCCAGUAGUGAGGAAUAGCUGGGACCAAACUGCUCCAGUAGUGAAGAAUAGCUGGGACCAAACUUCUCCAGUAGUGAAGAAUAGCUGGGACCAAACUGCUCCAGUAGUGAAGAAUAGCUGGGACCAAACUUCUCCAGUAGUGAAGAAUAGCAGGGACGAAACUGCUCCAGUAGUGAGGAAUAGCUGGGACCAAACUGCUCCAGUAGUGAAGAAUAGCUGGGACCAAACUUCUCCAGUAGUGAGGAAUAGCUGGGACCAAACUGCUCCAGUAGUGAAGAAUAGCUGGGACCAAACUGCUCUAGUAGUGAGGAAUAGCAGGAACCAAACUGCUCCAGUAGUGAAGAACAGCAGGGACCAAACUGCUCCAGUAGUGAGGAAUAGCUGGGACCAAACUGCUCCAGUAGUGAAGAAUAGCAGGGACCAAACUGCUCCAGUAGUGAAGAAUAGCAGGGACCAAACUGCUCCAGUAGUGAGGAAUAGCUGGGACCAAACUGCUCCAGUAGUGAGGAAUAGCUGGGACCAAACUGCUCCCGUAGCGAAGAAUAGCAGGGACCAAACUGCUCCAGUAGUGAAGAAUAGCUGGGACCAAACUGCUCUAGUAGUGAGGAAUAGCAGGAACCAAACUGCUCCAGUAUUGAGGAAUAGCUGGGACCAAACUGCUCCAGUAGUGAAGAAUAGCUGGGACCAAACUUCUCCAGUAGUGAAGAAUAGCUGGGACCAAACUGCUCCAGUAGUGAAGAAUAGCUGGGACCAAACUUCUCCAGUAGUGAAGAAUAGCAGGGACCAAACUGCUCCAGUAGUGAAGAAUAGCUGGGACCAAACUUCUCCAGUAGUGAAGAAUAGCAGGGACCAAACUGCUCCAGUAGUGAAGAAUAGCUGGGACCAAACUGAUCCAGUAGUGAAGAAUAGCUGGGACCAAACUGAUCCAGUAGUGAAGAAUAGCUGGGACCAAACUGAUCCAGAAGCGUACAAUGGCAUGACUCAAACUGCCCCAAAAGUGUAA